AAACAUGACAAUACAUAAUCCAACACCUUUUAUGAAUCCAGUAGCCUCUUACCUCCAACAAUUAUCUAACUUAAUAGCUCAACCCACUAUCCCAGACCCUGUCGGAGAACCGAUAAAAAAAUUGACUUCUUUAAUGGAAGAAUUAGUAGUGUCGUUAAAAAGUAAUUCUAGAGGAAAUCAACAACGAAAUCGGAAUAAUGCGCCAUUCCGUGGAAAUCGU